UGCGGACACUGGCCUCCCCGGGACGCUCCCCACUCUCCCGGGUGCCGACCAGUUGUGCGCGGUCCCCACGAAGUUAGUUGUCCCCGAGUUGAGGCCAGGGUGCGGCCCUUGUGUCCGCGCAGGGGAAAGGUGGCCCGCCCGGAGCGAGUUGAGAGUUUGAGAGAAACGUGGCGUUUUCGGAGCAAAAUCUGGAGGCUCUGUCUGCGCCCCGCUGCUCUUCCCCCUCCUACGCUGAGGGCCGCCGAGAGACCGGCGUCCCUCUCAGUCUGGCCGGCCCGAGCCCUGCGCAGACCGGGGAGCACCCGGCGAGGGAGGGGCGGAGAUAAGGAGUACUCCCCCAGCUACAAGAAGCGCAGGACCGUCGAGGACUUCAACAAGUUCUGCACCUUCGUCUUGGCUUAUGCCGGCUACAUCCCGUACCCGAAGGAGGAGCUCCCUCUGAGGAGCAGCCCCAGCCCUGCCAACAGCACCACGGGCACUAUUGACAGUGAUGGCUGGGAUGCCAGUUUCACCGACAUGGCAUCCUCUGUGCCCCUGCCGGUGUCCGACCGCUGCUUUAGCCAUCUGCAGCCCACCCUCCUACAGCGGGCAAAGCCCAGCAACUUCCUGCUGGACAGAAAGAAGACAGAUAAGCUGAAGAAGAAGAAGAAGAGGAAGCGGAGGGACAGCGAUGUGCCAGUGAAGGAGGCCUACCGAGGGGGCUUGCUGAAGCUGGAGGCUGCAGACCCGUUCUCCGAGAGCCCUGCCAGCCCCGCCCUGCAGGCACUGCCCCAGGCCACUGGUGAGCCCUGCUCUGGCUGGGACUCAGACACUCCUUCGAGUGGCUCUUGUGCCACCACCGUGUCACCCGAUCAGGUCAAAGAGAUAAAAACUGAAGGCAAACGGACUAUCGUCCGGCAGGGGAAGCAGGUGGUGUUCCGCGACGAGGACAGCACUGGCAACGACGAGGACAUCAUGGUGGACUCAGAUGACGAUUCCUGGGACCUAGUCACCUGCUUCUGCAUGAAGCCGUUUGCGGGCCGCCCCAUGAUAGAGUGUAACGAGUGCCACACCUGGAUCCACCUGUCCUGUGCGAAGAUCCGGAAGUCCAAUGUUCCCGAAGUGUUUGUCUGCCAAAAGUGCCGGGACUCCAAGUUUGACAUCCGCCGGUCCAACCGCUCCCGAAUGGGCUCCCGCAAGCUGUUCCUGGACUGACCACAGCUGGCAGGAGACUCCGGGCAAGGGGAUGGAGAGGCCGGCAUGCUGGCCCUCCUUUAGUUGAGCACAGAACUCUUAGCUCGGUGCGGGCAGAUCCUCUCAUUCAGGUGCCUAAGCAAGGACAGGCUGUCCCAGGUAGAAACUGUACAUAGCCAGCGAGCAGAACGCCUUUGCCAGCCCCGGCCGCUGCCAGAGCUGUGUUCCUGCUGACCCCAGUAGACAAACACGCAGUGCAGGGGCUUGGCUCAGCUGACAGCAAGGGGUGUGGUCCCUGUGAAGCUGUACUGUCGUUCGCAGUCCCCCCUUCUUUGGAACCAGUGCUGUUAUUCCUGCUAUCGCAGCGCUGGGGAGUGGAGCUGCUCUGGUCUCCCCAGCCUGCAGACGAACAGCCAUAUGUGUCUUGUUUCUUCCUCUGUUUAUUCCGCGUGUCAGUCUCACCUAAGUGUCUGUACUUCAGCUGUCCAAGUCGCCCCUUCCUUUGUGGCCCCUCUCGGUCCCGGGAGCUGCUGCGGAGUUGGGGGUGGCGGGUGAGCUGGUGGUUCUUUGGUUUCCUUGUUUGCUAAAAAGGACAGUAGUGGACUCCUCUCUGGAAAGGGGCUAGGUUGGGGGUCAAGGUGGCCCAUGUUCAUAACUCAUUUUCUGGUUUUGCACGAUGUACAAACCUGUCUUUCUGCACGACAGAGCCAAAAGUAUUGGCCAAUUUCUUGCUGGUUCCCUUUCCCUAGUUGGCAUUUGAGCUCCCAGGGGCCCAGGAGAGUUGUUUGGAAAGUGGGAGAGCUUGGUUCUCCUCUUUCCCAUCACCUGUCUGGCAGCACAGGAAGUUAGGCAGUCCUUGGGGUGCAGAUGGUGUCCCUCAGUAACUGGGCAGGAGGCCCUUCUUGGGCUGGCCUGCUGCUUUGCAGUCAGGGCUAGGACUCCAGUCCUGCUUUGGAUGUGAAUUGCUGUGAGUGGGUGUCUGGGGCCCUCCGGAGGCUGCCCCCAGGCAGCUGCAGCCCUGCCCACCAGCAGACUGGGGCAUGGAGGGAGGGCCAGCUUCCCCAGUGCAGCAUGCUCCUGAGCAGCUGAAUGGUUCUCAAGCCUGUUUGAUAGUCAUGGGUGUGUGCGCUGGUGUCCUGUCUUUGAGGCUCGGCUUGGAAAGUUGGUUGUUUGCUUAUUUGCAGCAGUGUGGGGUCUGCCCACCGCUGGCACCCGGUGUUCUCUCCCACUUCCCCUGCAGUGCCAUGGGCUGAGCUGUGGCCUGCCUCUUGUCCUGGUUUCUUGCACGUUCGUCCAGUCAACUCUUAGCUUUUAAUGAUUCUGUUGGUUCUAUUCAAGUGUGAAAGUAGAGAGAAAUGGCUUCUGAAACAGUUCACUGUGAAGAUCUGAGCGGGAGUUCUGCUGUGGAGAAAGAAGCUGGCUCAGACACAGUGCCCGCCUCUGCCUGGGCCCAGCAUCAGGGCAGGUUUGGGGAGUUUGCCAAAGGUCUGCCCGGGAUGCCUGUCCAGUCCGCACCAUAAGAAAACCAAAGUCGCAAAGUGUGUUUCUUCCUUUUUUAAAGCUCCACGAGAUUUUAAAAGUGCAUUUAAGAGCCCACAAUUUUAGAGCGGAACUGCCAACCCCGGUGAUGUUAGUGCUCUGGAACGCAUCCGAUAUCAUCUCAUCUCUGUCCCAAGUUGCUUUUGUCCUCUUCACAGAUCUGUCCCUGUGAGUGUCUGGCACACCGGGCACCGUGGUUUUGGGGUGGGUUGAAGUGGGCCGCUGCCUUCCGCUUCUUUAUGCAAGUCAGGCGUGACCCAGAGUGUGGGGGCUCCCGGUUCUAGGGAGGGAGGGAGGCUGUCACCCCAGAGUUGGCCCUCACGGGCUUCAGCCAGCCACUCGCCAUCGUUUACAUGGUUCUGUGUAUAAAGUUAAAGCGAGCUGUUUCUGUGAAACUGUAUAUUUUGUAAAUAAAGA